AUGGGCAAGGUGGGAAAGGGCCUUUUUCAAGAUGAGCCGGAAGAGGUCAGGAAAGUGGCGAUAAUUGGCCGGUUGUUUGGCGCAGAGCCCGAAGAGAGGCCAAGUUCCAAAAAGCCACGAGCUGAACGAUCGGCUUCUAGCUCUGCUCGCCCUAUUGUUUUAUUUGGGGAUGAGGGAGAGGAAAGAGAAUGCCGGCCGACUUCCCAGCCUCAACACAAUGAAGACUCGGACGAUGAAGGGGCAUCGCCUCAGCAGGCAACUUUGAAUCUGGACUGGUCCGCCAUGAAGCUCUUCUCCCACAGUUCGUUUCUACAGAAAUCUGUGGCGCUCAGCCAGCCGGAGCGAAAGAAGCGACCCUAUGACAAUACCAAGAGAUCUGAGCAAGCUGAAAACAACAUGAAGCAUGUUGUUACAUCCUUUAAGGAUUCUGCCUUGCAACCUGGACGACUAGAAGCGCUUUGUAAACAGCAGCAGUGCAAAUGUGCGUUGAAGACUUGCUUCAAGCAGCUUGACCUGACUGAAUGCAGGCGCUUCCUUGAAACUUUCUGGAAUAUGGCAAAGUGUGAGCAAGACUCUUUUGUACCUUUGUUGCAUGUGGUGCUCAUUUACCUUUUGUACUCUUUUGUAUUCGCUCAUGUCUUUACAUCUGAACCUGAAUGUGGCAUGACAGCUGAGUUGCGCACGCUUGUGGGAUGCCAUGGGCAACUUGCUGGUGAGGGGAAGAAGAAUCCUUCGUUCACUUUUCUGGGUCGACCCAUUGGGCGCGUUUGCCUGUGCAGUGUCUUGGCAAUGGGCAUCAACAGAUUUCGUCGAGCCUUGGAGAUGAAACCAGACAUGAGAAUCGGCGCAUCUCGCAAGGGCACGCGACAUGCAUCCUCACAAUCUGUCAACGCCUUUUUGGGGAUAUUGUAUGAUGGGGUGGCGGAGACACUGCCAGACAG